AUGCUUGGGGGCGAAGGGCGAGGUCUGGGGCAGCGCAGAGGCGCCAUUAGCAGCAGAUGGAAGGUCAGUAGGGAGAGUGAUGGGGAAUACGAGGGUGAUGGGGAAUACGAGGGUGAUGGGGAAUACGAGGGUGAUGGGGAAUACGAGGGUGAUGGGGAAUACGAGGGUGAUGGGGAAUACGAGGGUGAUGGGGAAUACGACGGUGAUGGGGAAUACGAGGGUGAUGGGGAAUACGAGGGUGACGGGGAAUACGAGGGUGAUGGGAAAUACGAGGGUGAUGGGGAAUACGAGGGUGAUGGGGAAUACGAGGGUGAUGGGAAAUACGAGGGUGAUGGGGAAUACGAGGGUGAUGGGGAAUACGAGGGUGAUGGGGAAUACGAGGGUGACGGGGAAUACGAGGGUGAUGGGAAAUACGAGGGUGAUGGGGAAUACGAGGGUGAUGGGAAAUACGAGGGUGAUGGGGAAUACGAGGGUGAUGGGGAAUACGAGGGUGACGGGGAAUACGAGGGUGAUGGGGAAUACGAGGGUGAUGGGGAAUACGAGGGUGAUGGGGAAUACGAGGGUGAUGGGAAAUACGAGGGUGAUGGGAAAUACGAGGGUGAUGGGGAAUACGAGGGUGAUGGGGAAUACGAGGGUGAUGGGGAAGGGGAAGCGACGGGCAGCUGUGAGGUGCGGCACAUGCACUGA